UUCAGUCCCGGGGGAUUUUCUGGAGAUCCUGCGGGUGCUGCUGGAAAACCAGGAAUGGGGCCCUGGAUCCGGAUAGUCCCCCUCGUCGCCUUCUCCGGACUCCACCCCACAACGGGGAGCAUCCAUGACCCGCUGCUCGUCCUGGACGGAUUGGAAGACUCCGGAAUCCGCCUCAAGUGCCUCUCGGAGCGGCUCCUUUCCGAAGUCGAGGUGCUGUGGGUGGACGGGAAAGGCAGGAAUAUCACCGGGAAUCCCCUGGGCACGGACACAUCCGGGAAUGCCGGGAGCUCCAUCGUCCUCAAACCGGGAUUUGGGAACGCCGUGUCCUGCAGGAUCGUCGACAACCUCGGGAAAACAUCCACGGAAUCCUCCGUCGUCAUCGCGGAGAGUUUCUUCCCGACCAUCUCCCCCUGGCUCCCGGCUUUUGUGAUGAUCCUGCUCUUUGGAAUAUUCCUGGUCCUGGCAGCUGUUUAUAAAAUCCGGACCAACCAAAAGGCGACGGAUCAGGAAAGAAACGCCCAGAAGCAAAUUCAGGAGGACAUCGAGGAAUUCAAGAUGGAGCUGGAGGAAGUGCAGGAGAAAUUCCAGAAGGAAAACCAGGAGAUGACAACAAAAAUCGAACAAAUCCAGGCCCAACUGGAUUUCAGACGUGCCCAGAGAAACGUGGUCCCGCUGACCCUGGACGAGCUCUGCAAACAUCCCGAACUCUCCCUCCGGGACCGAUCCCGGAUCGUUUCCUGCUCCGAGCAGCUCCACCCCAAACCCGUCGUCCUGGCCCAGGAAUCCUUUUCCCAAGGGAAGCACUACUGGGAAGUGGAAGUCGGGGACGGAUCCGGCUGGGAGCUGGGGGUGCUGGCUGAGGAAAUCCGGGAUUCCCUGCGGAGCGACGGGAUGGUGCUGCCGCGGGAGCGGGAGCAGGUUCUCGGCCUCGGCUAUUCCCGGGGGGAAUUCAGCAUUCCCGGGGGCCGGAAUUCCGGGCCCUGCCCAGUGCUCGGGGUUUUCCUGGAUCAGGAAUCCCGCAGCCUCUCCUUCUUCGACGUGGAAGGGAAGAGUCUCCUGGCGUCGCUUCCCUUGAGGUUUUCUGGGAAUCUCUUCCCGUUUUUCAGCCCCGGCUCCGACGGGAAGGGGUUGGGAAUUCGCUCCGUGGGGGGUUAAUAAUUAAAAUAAUAAAUUAUGUAAAUAUCAAUAGAUUAUCAUAUUUAUAAUUUGCGAUAAUUAAUGAAU